CUAACUUCCUGCGUGCCCGCGCACGCGUCCUUUUCCCAGACCUUAGCAAACAUGGGCCGCGUCAGGACCAAGACGGUGAAGAAGGCCGCCCGGGUCAUCAUAGAGAAGUACUACACCCGCCUGGGCAACGACUUCCAUGUGAAUAAGCGGGUCUGUGAGGAGAUCGCCAUCAUCCCCAGCAAACCGCUCCGCAACAAGAUCGCAGGAUAUGUGACUCAUCUGAUGAAGAGAAUCCAGAGAGGUCCCGUCAGAGGCAUCUCCAUCAAGCUCCAGGAGGAGGAGAGAGAGAGAAGGGACAACUACGUUCCUGAGGUCUCUGCUCUGGACCAGGAAAUCAUUGAGGUCGAUACUGACACCAAGGAGAUGCUGAGGAUGCUGGACUUUGGCAACCUUCCCAAUCUGCAGGUUACCCAGCCCACCAUUGGAAUGAACUUCAGAACUCCCAGAGUCUAAAUCUGAAUAAUAAAGAACACUGGUAAAAAAAACACAAGACUAUUGCUGUGUUCAU